AUGGCGUACUACGAGGAUCGCCGUUAUCGCGAGCCGCGCGACCGCUACACACGAGCCAGUUACGCUGACCCGUAUGAUGAUCCUCGUGGUCGUUAUAGACGACACGAGCGAGACUCAUAUGUACCCCGCGCCAGCACCGACUCGAUCGAGGAAGUCCAGCGCGACUACCCCCCAGGCUCAGAGUAUGCCUACGAGCGUCCUUAUAGUUCUCGUCGGCCGAGGCGACCCGUUUACGAAAAUGUGCGCCGCGCCUCCUCCGUCAGCGGAUACGAUCCAUACAACGAUGCAUCUUACCGAAGCUCUGGUCCUCGUCGGUCAAGACACUACGAGGAUAAACGCUCCCGUCGCCCAAAAUACGAUUCUGAUUCUUCUCCAAGCCGUUCUCCACCCCGCCACAGACGUCGCAAGUCGUUCAGCGAGCAAGCCCUGGGCGCCCCAGGUCUCGGGGGUGCCGCUUCUUCAGCCAGUCGCGGAGAGCGUGGUCGCGAUUCGCGAAGCCGCAGUCGCCACCGCGGUGGUAGCAAGCGCGAUAAAAGUGAGCAGCGCAUCGCACAGGCUGCUCGCGCCGCCCUGACAGCCGGCGCUGUUGAGGCAUUCAAGCAGCGCAAAGAGCCAGGUGACUGGGCCGGUGCGAAAGGAAAGCGCGUUCUCACUGCCGCUGUGACGGCUGGUGGUACCGACGGCCUUGUCGAUAAAGAUCCCAACAAGCACGGGAAACGUCAUGUUAUCGAGUCCACGCUUGCAGGUCUGGCUGCCAGUCAUUUCGUUGGUGGUGGUUCGCGCUCGCGGUCUCGUGGCCGAGACGGCGGUCGGUCUUCAAGUGGUGGCCUCAAGAAUCUCGCUGCUACUGGAGCUCUUGCUGCUGCAGGAAAGGAAAUCUAUGAUCGAUACUCGAAAUCGCGUUCUCGGCCUCGCGGCCGCAACGAUUCCCGCGACAGUGACGAGGAGCGUGGCUCCCACAAGCGCAGCAAGAGCGUUUCGGAGUACAUCAGUAAGGGAAUGGCCGCCCUGGGACUUGGAAGAAGAAGAAGACCGUCGCGACAGCAGAGAUCGUAA